UUCUCGGGACACUUGCACAUUUCACUUAUUUCUUCCCCACGCUUUACUUGAACAUCACAUCAUUUCCUUCUCCUUCAUAUAUAUUCUAUUUUCUUUUCAAUCUGUAUAUACCAUUCGAUCCUUCACCACAAUGCCUCGAAUUCUCAUCACAGGAGCAGCAGGAUUCAUUGGCCAACUCCUAGCUGAACGUCUCCUCCGCUCACCAGACAAUUCUCUCAUCCUCACAGACAUUAUCUCACCUCCAAUCCCACCCAAAGCCAAGCAUCCACAAAAUGCAAAAGCAAUCGAAGCAGACCUCUGCUCUUCCACUUCUCUCGAAACCCUAAUCUCAACUUCUCUUCCCCUCGACGCCGUCUACAUCUUCCACGGCAUCAUGUCCUCUGGCUCAGAAGCCAACUUCGACCUCGGCAUGCGCGUCAACCUGACCGCAACACUCACCCUCCUCGAAAGCCUCCGCAAAAUCUCCCACCCCUCCCUCCGCGUAAUCUACGCCUCCUCGCAAGCCGUCUACGGCCAACCGCUUCCCAAAGUCAUCACAGAAGACACGAUGCCGACGCCCGAAGGUAGCUACGGGGCCCAAAAACACGUCUGCGAAACGCUGAUCAAUGAUUAUACCCGCAAGGGCUUCUUUGACGGCUGGAGUCUACGUUUCCCUACGAUUUCGAUUAGACCCGGGAAACCUACUGCGGCGGCGUCGAGUUUUCUCAGUGGGAUGAUUAGGGAGCCGGUUGAUGGGGUGGAGUGUGUUAUUCCGCUCAAGGAUAGAGGGUUUAGGUCUUGGGUGUGUAGUCCGAAGACGUUGGCGGAGAAUUUGGAGUUGGCGCUGGGGGUGGAUGGGGUGAAGUUGGAGAGGCAUAAGAGGCUUGUUAAUAUGCCGGGGAUUGGGGUUAGUGUGCAGGAUAUGAUGGAUGCGCUGGCUAAGGUUUGUGGAGAGGAGAAAUUGGGGUUAUUGAGGGAGGAGACGGAUGUGGAGAUGGAGAGGAUUUUGAGGAGUUGGGGGACGGAGUUUGAUAAUAGUUUGGCGUAUAAGUUGGGGUUUAAGCCGGAUGGGAGUUUUGAGGAUGCGGUUAGGGAUUAUGUUGAGAGUUUGAAGUGAGAUGUAUAUAUUGGCGUAGAAUAUUCAGACACUGAAAAGUGCUAUUGUUCGCUCUAUGAUUUGAGGGAGGAAAACAGCGUGGGAAGAAAGCCGCGCUCGGGAAACCUGCCCCGCAAUUUCUUGGUGGCGUGGCGGGGUAAAUUGAAGAGGUUCACUCCAACUCCCGAUUCU